UCUUUUCUUCAGGUGAGGAAACACCAAUCAAGCAGUUGGACUAAGAACGUAAAAUAAUUCUGUACUGAGAGCCAUUUGCUCUACUGUAGCCAUCCUCUCAUCCUGUUCCUCUCAUCCUUUCUAAUAUCCUUGCUUUUUCUUUAAUCUCUGACUUCUCACUACAGCCACCCCUCUUUUCUUCCUCCUCUCCUCUCUUCCUUUACCCUGUGCUAAGGCUAAAUGAUGACAUACAAAGUAACUGAGAUACAUAGCACCAAGUACCAGCCACAGUGAGUGGUGGUGUUAGUCCUCACUUUACUUGCAUUCUCUUCCUCUGAAUUGUUAAGAAUUUGUAAAGUAGAUCUCUACAGCAUCAAGCACUGUCACACACAACUAGCCAUUUAAUCAAAAUUCUAUUUCAUUCUCUGUACAGCAAAGGAGUAAAAAGAGUUCCCUCAUUUUCUUUCUACAUAUCCCCAUUCUGUAUAAGUUUAUGUCCUGGCAGAUGUGAGAAUGAGCCAGUGGCCUCUGGAAGAUUCUGAACUUACAGAGCAUCUAAUGAACAUAAUACCCUUUCCCUCACUUGUCAUGUUUCCAAGAACCCCUGGCCUGUGCAAAUACAACAGUCAAUAAUUAUUUUCCAAAGGUUAUUGGAAAAAUUGCUCUGGGUGCAAACUGCUAGGAGCAAACUUUUCCUGUAAAGGUCCAGAGGGUUCAGGUUUUUCAGGCCAAACACAGCCACUCAUCUCUGACAUCAUGACACCAAAGCAGCUACAGACGUUGUGUAAAUAAACAAGCAUGGUUGUGUUCCAGUAAAGUUUGAUUUACAAAACACCUGCCAGAGAACAUAGUUUCUCCCUGUUUGUCAUCUUUCCACGUAAGAGAGAAACUUCUCUGCCACUGCACCUAGUUUUUACAAUCUUUUUCACCUUCCUCUCACCUCUAUGCCAACCUCUGUUUUGUCUCUUCUCUAGGUAAGUCUUUGGGAGAUGCAAAGAGACAACAGCACAGUGCUGACUGAAUUUAUCCUCACAGGAAUUCCCUACCCACUCAGGCUAAGGACAUUCCUUUUUGUGUUCUUUUUGCUCAUCUACAUCCUGACUCAGCUGGGGAACCUGCUUAUUCUAAUCACCGUCUGGGCAGACCCGAAGCUCCAUGCCCGCCCCAUGUACAUCUUCCUUGGUGUUCUCUCCAUCAUUGACAUGGGCAUCUCCUCCAUCAUUGUCCCUCGCCUCGCAAUGACCUUCACUUCAGGCAUCAAACCCAUCCCCUUUGGUGGCUGUGCUGCUCAGCUCUAUUUCUAUCACUUUCUGGGCAGCACCCAGUGCUUCCUCUACACGCUGAUGGCCUACGACAGGUACCUGGCAAUAUGUCGGCCCCUGCGCUACCCUGUGCUCAUGACUGCGAAGCUGAGUGCCUUGCUGGCUGCUGGAGCUUGGCUGGCGGGCUCCAUCCAUGGGGCUCUCCAGGCCAUCCUGACCUUCCGCCUGCCCUACUGUGGGCCCAACCAGGUAGAUUACUUCUUCUGUGACAUCCCUGCAGUUUUGAAGCUGGCCUGUGCUGACACAACGGUCAACGAGCUGGUGACCUUUGUGGACAUUGGGGUGGUGGUUGCCAGUUGCUUCUCCCUGAUCCUCCUCUCCUACAUUCAGAUCAUUCAGACCAUCCUGAAGAUCCGUACAGCAGAUGGGCGGCGCCGGGCCUUUUCAACCUGUGGAGCCCAUGUCACCGUAGUCGCCGUGUACUACGCGCCCUGUGCCUUCAUCUACCUAAGGCCUGAAAGCAACAGCCCCCUGGAUGGCGCAGCUGCCCUGUUCCCAACAGCCAUCACUCCUUUCCUCAACCCCCUUAUCUACACUCUGCGGAACCAAGAGGUGAAGCUGGCUCUGCGAAGAAUGAUAGGAGGCCCCAGGACUAAGAGUCAGGUUUAAAAGUGUCUGCCUUGGCCAGGGGAAUGGUGGUUCAUGCCUGCAAUGGUGGUUCAUGCCUGCAAGAGGAUCAUUUGAGCUCAGGAG